AUGUGCGAUCCAGACCAACCAACAAGUAGCAAGCUGCUUGAUGAUGACGACGAUGACGGAGAUGAGCUUCUCGCAGAUGAUACCUCUUUCUUGGAAAACUAUGAUGGCAUUGAGGAAUUAUGUGAUUACGAUCCUGAAGGGAGCCCAGAACCUGGAGAAAUAAUAGAGCUGCCAGAAGAAGGAGUAAUGGUUUGCGGUGUUGAAGAAGUCGAUGAAGAAUCUCUUUGCGAGAUCGAGGAGGGCGAAUAUAUAGCACCUGCAGAAAAUCCUUUGCUUGCAGUCAAUUCUUCACAAACAGCUGCUGCUCAGGUCAACAGCGGGAGCAAAAUAUAUUGCUUAAACGACGGGAUUUUUGAAGGGGUGAACGCAGGCAAACUUGCUGACGACGGCAUUUCGCUUACAGAAAGUCCCUUGCGCGGACCUCUCGACAUCGCUCUCUUCGAGGAAAAUUUGUUGGAAUCGCCAACCGAAAGCGAAUAUUUCGGUAAAGAUCGUAGUGUAACAGCACCCUCGUUUCCUCUUCCAGCUGCUGAUACAAAGUAG